AUGACACCACCAGCACAAUUCGCCCAGCACAACGCCAUACGUAUACCUUUCCGUACUACAACUACCAGUUUCGAAGAACACUACAAUGAAAUGCGCAUCGCAGAACGUCGAGAACUUCCACCACGCUACGACGCUUCCCAGCUGCUCAUCCAUGCUAAGAUAUACAUGGCGGCCGAUAGAUACGAUGUACCUGGCCUCAAGGACCUGUCAAAUGACAAGUUCAAGACUGCAUGCGACAUCUUCUGGGCUGACAGGUAA